CAAAAAGCACGAGGGAGACAAAGCGCACACACAAUGUCUGCAGAAGAUUUUGAAUUUGACGAACUGUCAAUUGUAACGGAAACUGUUACCACUUCUUCGCCAUGGGAUUCUGACAAUGGGUAGGAAGAGUUUGAAGAUGAUGAUGGUGAAAACCAAAAUGCAACCUCAGCGCGUCAACAAAGAAUUAUUAAAAAUGUCUCCAAAGUCAGCACACGAUUACGAUGAGUAUUUAAAGGCAGAAUGACCAGGACUGGCUCGUACCUGCAGACACUCCUGCAAUGAGAUCGAGAAAGCAAGACACAACUAAGGUGGAGAUGGUUAAUGACCGGCAGACUGGAGCUUCUAGUUCCUUCUUUUCCAACUUCGAGAGGAGGAGUUCAACUAAGCAACCUGCUAUCUUGGUGGAUCAACUAGACAAAGGAAAAAUAUCCACCCAGCAGAAGCCACAUGCCAAGAUGACCUCCAAAACUGCAUCAACUUUGUGGAAUAAUUCUCUAAAAAGUGCAAGAAAUUACGAAGAUUCAGAUAAGAAGUAUUCCAGAUUUCCUCCUCUGCCAACCAAGAGUUCCUCCACCUCAAGAAAGGCAAAGGUUUCCUUCCCACCCUCUCAACCGUUGGAAGCGCAUAGAAGACGUCUGUCUGUUCCUGAGGAAUCCAUGAACUGCUUGCCCAAGUCCAUUUUGAAGAAAAGGCUCUCGGUUUCGAUGGAAUUUAACCCACCAGCUCCUCAAAAAGAGCAAGCGGACUUUUCGGUUCUUUGGAGUCUUCCUUGGGAAAGAGAGUUGUAUUUCCCACCUGUCACCCAUAAUGGGAUGCUGGUCUUCCUCGAUGAAGAUGGAUCUCUUCCACCAAUGCUUCGCCGACUCAGUAACACUGAUACCUACCAUUACAGCCAAGAGUUUCUGCAGGUGCUUGACGAAUUGAAGGAUCGGCCAACAUCAUGAAAGUCAUUACUAAUGAACCUGUCUAUGCAUUGAAAACACCCACAUGUCCUCCAACACUAUUUAUGACUAUUAUAUUGAAAUUGUUAUAUGGACAUUGAACGUUAAGAUAUUUAUUAAAUGAAGCCUUUUUUUUUUUUUUUGGGAAGAUCCUUAUUCUUUUAACUUUUUUAUUUAAGGACAUUUUUUCACGGUAAAAAAAAGGAUCCAGUUCUGUCAGAAUCCUAAAUGACUAAUCUCCCAAGCUACGCAGCUAUUCACUAUGUAUUUUUACUUAUGUGAUUGGGAAAAACUGGCUGCUCAUAGCAACCAAUCAGGUUCCAGUUCUCAUUUUUUGGCAAUUGGUCCUACUAUUUUCACACUAGUUUUGCCAAAUGUCCACCACUCAAUAUAAGCGGCCACGUUAUCAUGUUAAGUAUAAAUUUGGUGUCAUUUCAUUAUGGGGGAUGACCAUGUUAGGAUGCACUUUAUUUUAAUCCUAAGUGUAUAUUGUUUUUAAUAUAUAAUAUAUAUAUAUAAUUCUAAUAUCACAUCUUUUUUUUUUUUUUUAUAUUACAAUAUUUGCUAUUCAUCAUCUAUAUCUACUGACCACUACAAACAAUGGCAUCUCUAAGGCUAGGACCACACGGACACUGCAGUCUCCAAUAGACUGCAAUGUAUUCUGCAAGUAUUUUUGCCUGAAGAAUGACCAUGACCAACGUCAUUCUUCAGGUGGAAAUUUUCAAGCGGAUUUUUCGUUCACAAAUUCCUCUUCACAAAUCCCGAAGUGUGAAUUUGUGAACAGAAACCCAUUCACUACACUAGACAUUUUAGUAAGUGGAAUUUCUGCCUGCAAUUUCAAAGGGGAAUUGCAGGCGGAAAUUCCGUAGUGUGAACCUAGCCUAACAUUCAAUGCAGACAUUAGCAUUUUUUGUCUAAAGCAGUAGUCUCCAAACUGUAGCCCUCCAGAUGUUGCAAAUGCCUACCAGGCAUACUGGGAGCUUUAAGUUUGCAACAUCUGGAGGGGCGCAGUUUGAAGACCAUUGCUCUAGAAUGACAUUAACAGAAUUUGACAAAUUGUCAAAUAUUCUGGAUUAUUGGAUGGUCAGGGCAUAUACCAUAACAUAACUAUAGACCCCCAUUAUUCCUAGACCAAAGAAAGUGUCCUAUUUGGCAGAAUAGAAUGACAUUAUUGACCAAAUAAUUCUAUAUAGAGGAAUCUAGUAAAAAAAUAAAAUAAAAAGUAUAUUGCAUUGUAUACAAACAGAUGGAGCUAUAUUAGGAAGCUCUACCUAGUUAUACCUCCAACAUAUACUGCAUUUAGAGUCUGAGUUGCUUCUACUCAUUGCUCCUCGGAGAUACCAGAUUCUUACAAUUUCUGGAUUAUCAGAUGCCGGAUUAAAGGAAGCAUACAGGGACUGUGUAUGCGGCCAAUUGUAUGAAGAUUAUAAUUGAUGAUCAUCUGUUAUUAUAUUUGUAUUUUUGAUAUAUAUUAGUUUUUAUCGUAGGUAAUUAUUUAAACCAUGUAACAUAUUUUUUUGUCUAUGGUUUUAUCAAAUAAAAUCUAAAUGU